UACUGUUUAUCAUAGACAGCAGUUGUUACAGCAGAUACAGUUGAAUCUACUCAUCACUGAGGAGACCAACUUCAUCUGACCAGCUGACGAUGAAGUGGACGGCCGGCGUGAGGUUUGGACCAGGCGGCUUAGUAGUGGUUCUGGCUCUGAUCUUAGGAAUGUCUACACUGGGCAUGUAUGCCCAAGCAGAGCGGCCACCGUGCAACGGGCCAGGACCAGCCACUUCACAAGCCUGUUCAGCACAGUGCGGUAAGACCGAUGUCCUGGAAUCAACAGAAUGCAAGACAAUCGUCUUGAUUGAUGGUAGCUAUACUAAACAAAUAAAGAUGCCAAACACAACCAACUCUUGUCGGAAUUACUCUGCAAAUUCACCACCACGCAGUGAUGAAAUCUGUGUUUUUUCAUUUAACACGUCUGAAAACAGUGAGAACAACGUCACAUGUGCAAAAACUGGUGUGUGGUUAUUAAAAACAAACAACAAUUAUCAGCUCAAAAUAACCAGAGAGAAGACCAGGCCCACGGUACCGAUCUGCUUUGGAAGGGGUCAGUGUAACAGCAGCUGGCCAGAGUGGAUAAAAAACUGGACAACAAACCCUAAUAAGAUGGUUUCUCCAAAUAAAGCCUGUACGUUUGUCUGCCUGGAUCCAAAAUCAGCUUGUGAUGAUGCUGUUUACAAACCAUGCAACGGUACCACUUCAAAUGAAGAUAUAAUUGAGUUUACAAAUCAAUCAUCAAGCUGUUCAAAAUGUGGAACUCCUGUACAAACACCACAAGUACAGCUCACCCUACCUAAAGUGGAACUCUCUGGUGGAAACGCAGAUAAAACAGACAAGUCUAAAGUGAUGAAGAAUGUGACCUCCAGUGUUCUGGAAAUGAUGGGAAACAAGACCACCGCGUCUGUGACCAUGGGAGAUGUGCAGGGUGUUUUUCUGAAACCUGAAGAUCAGAAGAAGCUGCAACCUGCCUCAUUCAUCUACUCUGACGUAACAAACCUCAGCAUCAUCCAAGAUACCACCCAAACGCAGAAGUAUCCCAGGAUAGUCUCCGUUCCAAAGGAGGCUUUAGAAAAAGCAGCCACCCAAAACCAAACUGCACUGUUCACAGCUGUGUUCCGAUUCCCAGAAUUCCCUGAGGAUGAGAAAAACAGCACAGUUCUGAAUAAUGAAGUCUAUUCCAUUGAAAUGGGAGCAAAAAUUGCCAACCUGACAGACACGAUUAACCUCACCUUCAGGAAUGUUAAAACGAGUGGUGUCACUCUUCACUGUCACUCUUGGGAUGGAGAAGGGGCAAAACCGAACUGGACCACUACAGGAUGCUUCACCAUUGAAACCGAUGACGGCGUAACCUGUGCGUGUGUGCACUUGACCUUCUUUGCCCUGUUGAUGGCGGCCAACCCAACUGACACCAUAUCCAGCACUGACCUGAGCAACCUCACCUACAUCACCUCCAUCGGCUGUGGACUCUCCAUCUUCUUCCUGGGCGUGGCCCUCUUCAUGCAUUUCCUGUUAAGGAGAGCGAGACAGAGCGAUUCAGUGCACAUCCUCAUAAACCUGUUUGUUUCGCUGGUCCUGCUGAACCUGACCUUCCUGACCAAUGAGUAUGUGGCGAACACGGGGAACCUGAUAGGCUGUAAGCUGAUGGCGGGCUUCAUGCACUACUGCCUGCUGACCAGCUUCACGUGGUUCGGUCUGGAGGCUCUCCACCUCUGUCUGCAGCUGGGCCGAAGCUCCACAUCUAUCAAACACUACCUCACCAAGAUCUGCAUCGCCGGCUGGGCUCCUUCUGCGGUUGUUGUCACCGUCGUCUUCUGUUUGCAAAAAUACAACCAACUAGUCAUUCACGCUGACGACGGAAAGGAUGUGAAGAUGUGCUGGAUCACCGACUCUGCCGUCCAUUACGUGGUGAACAUCGGCUACUACUCGGUAAUCUUCGUCUUCACCUUCACUACCUUUGUCAUCAUGCUGCGAUGGAUCUUCCUCCUCAAAGGCACAGCCGCAAAUCGGCAUGAACCACUCGCCGGCUCUGCUAAGCGCACCACAACGGGCACCUCAGACGCCCUGACCGUAAUGGGCCUGUGCUGCACACUCGGACUCACCUGGGGCUUCGCCUUCUUCGCCUACGGAGCCCUGCGCCUCCCGUCCUACUACAUCUUCACCAUCCUCAACUCCUUCCAAGGAUUCUUCCUGUUCAUUUAUUAUUACAAGACUAGUAGGUUUGUGGGGGACCAGGUGACCUCAGAGAAGACCAGCGCCACCACGGAGGCCACCGGCGUGGAGAACCCGUACGAGAAGCCGAAAGAGUCUUAAGAUACAGAUCACUGGAUGAAACAGGAGCAGCUGCCCGGAAGUGAUGCCACCUGGACUAUAUUCUCUGUGUGAGGACGACUGAGAUGUGAUGUAAGCUAGAAGGCCUGUGUGAGUGUGGAGGCCAGGAAGAUCUUCAGAAGCUUCAUGGGCUGAGUGGGACUUUUAACUUCUAAUUCUACUGAAUGUGUCUAUGAAUGGCAGCAAUAGAUGAUAGUGGUGCACCCUGAAUCUGCUGGUGUAGUAGUUUAACUGUAAAGCUUCUGUGUCAAAGACAAUUGGGAAAAAUAUCGACACCAAAUUCACGGAUGAAUUACUGCGCUUCCUUUACAUUUCCAUGAAAUCCGUCUCGAUUCCAGACAUCUACACAUACAAACAGGCCUGGGUCUGAUAAGGCUUCUAGAAUUGGGAUGUGAUCUGACUGGUUUAGAUCACAGCUUUCAUGUUUGACUCCAACAGUGCUGUAAGGAAAACCAUCUGAUUUAUCACAGCAGAAUAUUCUUUUCCUCGAAUUAGAUUACCUUCACAGCACAAAUGAAACAUCCAUCCAUCCAUCCAUCCAUUUUCCAAACCGCUUCUGAACAUCCUCUUAUCCAAAUCCACAACUUAACCUUGUGCAAGUUCACUUCAGCGUUUAGAUCCUCCAGCUCUCUUUACUGUGGAGCUCUGUACAUAAACAGGCGUAGAUCUGUUUUCAGUUUAAUGUAUUUGACAGAUUCUAUUUAGAUAUAUUUAUUUCUGCUCACAGUCGUGUGCAAAAGUUUGAAAUGAUGUGUUUUGUGUUUAAUAUGUGAACACGUCGUCUACAGAGACACAUCGGGAAACUCUGCACAUUUAAUGAUUUAUUUUCCCCCAGUAUGUUCAGUCCAGCAGAUGAACAGUAACUGAGUAUUUAAAAAUGAAGAGUGUCUCUGUAGAGGAUGUGUCUUUUGUCCAGGGGUGCACAAACUUUUACACAUGACUGUACCUGGUGUUUCCUGUCUGAGAUUCAGUCUGGCAGCAGACAAACUGAGAUUCAUGUCUUCAGAGGACAGAAACAGAGAUAGAAACCAUGAAAACGGCAUAUGGCCUGGCGCUGAUUAUGUUUUAUUAUAUAUUAACUGUAGAAAUAAAAUAGAAAAUAUUUUACUCUGCUUUUGACUAACGUAACCAAUGCUAGACUAAAUCUGUGGAGUGAGAAUAAACCGAGUGCUUCUAAAGAUGAAUAAAAUAUUUACUGAUAUUA